AUGUCUCUGCGGCUUCUCAAGCGACCAAUUAACAUUGGAUCAAAAGCUCCGAUCUCACAGCUUCGUUUGAAAUCCGGCCUGGCGCAAGCGAACAAUGAUCUUCCCUCGUUCCCCUCUCGGUGGUUCGCUGAUCUACAAGCUCAGUUGAAGAAGUUUACCAGCGACAGCUACCCUUCCAGCUGCGUUCAAGAAGCCAAGAGACAAUUGGUGUCGAAUGACCAAAAUUGGCUGCAACUCUUGGCAGGGCAGCAGGGAUUCCUUACCGAUAAGAAAUGGCGAGGUCUUGAUAACCACCAGCUCCUUUGGGGUGACAUGGAUAGCAUGCCUCUUGAAUUUCCAGACCACAUCACUGUAUUGUAUAAGCUGGCUGAAGCUCCAACCAAUGAGUCAACGUCACUCAAGAUGGAAGCUUGGAUUCUAUCAGAACAAUACCGCCGCUUGGCAGCACGAUGUAUUGACGACACUGCCAUCUAUGACUACACUACGGCAAAGAAGACAGUCCUGAAGCCGUUCAUGGUAGAGAAGUUCCAGCAAACAUUCAGCAUGCAACAAGCAAACCAGAAGAAGUAUACAGAGCAGGCAAAGCAAGCACUUGAGGCUGCCAAAGAGCUUCAGAUAAAGUACAAAUAG